AUGCCCCAAGUUCGUCGCAUCGCUCAGAUUGUCCACCUCAAGCCGUCCGCGGUGGCCGCAUACAAAGAAUGCCACGCCAACGUCUGGCCCGAAGUUCUGCAGCAGAUCAAGGAUUGCAAUAUCAGAGAUUACUCGAUCUUCUUCGACAAUGAACGCACCCUAUUCGCGACGUUCAAGUAUAUCGGCUCGGACUUCGAGGGCGAUAUGGAGCGCAUGCGGGCGAACCCGAAGGUGAGGGAGUGGUGGGCGAUGACUGAUGGGAUGCAGGAGAGCCCGAUUCCUGGCGCCACGGGCAGCGCAAAUGGACCAAGAUGGUGGAAAGUGCUGGAUGAGGUGUUUCACACCGAAUGA